UCUGAAUAUAGUUCAACUUCAUAAAAUGUGCGAAAGGAUCGCUGUUUGGCAUUUAUAACCAUAUUUAUUUUAAAUGUAUAUGAAUAUAAAAUAUGGAUCUAAUACUACCUAAUGAUGACAUCUAACUACUGUGCUGUUCUGUUCCAAUAUUUCCUGAAAAUGACAUGUUGAGUGGAUAUAUCAAUAGAGGAGCUCGGGUUUUUCCGAGUCUCUAAGAAGUCUUGGUAAUGGAAGAAAACAGUGGAGGAAUAGCAGUUGUAGGUGUUGGAUGUCGCUUCCCUGGCGCAGACAACAUAGAGGAAUUUUGGCGGGUUUUAUCAAAUGGAGAGAAUCACGUCAAUGAAAUUCCUCGCAAGAGAUGGAAUUUAGAAGCAUUUUAUGAUGAUGACGCCGACGCACCUGGCAAGAUGUAUACCAGAAGAGCUGGUCUUGUUGAAAAUUUUGAUCAGUUUGACAACAAGCUGUUCAGCAUCAGUGAAAAGGAGGCUGAAAGGAUGGACCCGCAACAGAAGUUUAUCCUCGAGUGUGUCUUUAUGGCUUUACAGGAUGGCGGAAUUACCAGACAAAAUGUACAGGGUUCAAACACUGGAGUCUACAUAGGCGUUAUGAAUGAUGACUACAGCAGGCUGACUUCCAAAACGGAUUUGAAUCACUACAGUGUAACUGGCGGCUCCACCAGUAUUAUGUCAGCACGUGUUUCGUACACCUUUGAUCUGCGAGGACCAUGCAUGUCAGUAGAUACAGCCUGUUCGUCAUCUCUCGUAGCAAUCCACCAAGCUAUUCUGGCACUUAAAUCAGGAGACUGCAACAUGGCUGUAUGUGGAGGAGUGAACGCCUUGUUGACUCCCUCGAUCUUCAUACAGCUUAGCAGAGCCCGGAUGCUCUCACGGACUGGACAGUGCCAAACCUUCUCUGCCAGAGCAGACGGAUACGCACGAGGAGAGGGAUGUGGGAUUGUCCUCCUGAAAAGACUCUCUGACGCCAUUAAGGAUGGUGACAAUAUAUGGGCAACGAUUGUCACAGGUACAAACCAAGAUGGCCGAACAGUUUCUCCAAUGACUGCACCAUCUGGUGAACAACAGGAACAGCUUCUGAAAACUGUCUACGAAAAGGCUGGAAUUGACGCAAGUGAAAUAGACUACAUUGAAGCACAUGGAACAGGGACUGUAGCUGGAGAUCCUGUAGAAGUUAAAAGCUUGGGAAAGUUUUUCAUGAACCUUCAUACACAAGUGCAGAAGAAAAGGUAUAUUGGAUCCGUGAAAACAAACAUCGGUCAUCUUGAAUCUGCUGCUGGUGUUGCUGGUCUUAUUAAAGUGCUGCUUAUGAUGAAGAACAACAAGAUUGUUAAAUCGAUUUUAGUAGACAACCAGCAUCCAGAUAUUGAUUUUCAAAAAUUCUGCUUUGAGAUUCCAGGUGAUCUCAAAGACUGGGACAGAAAACGGAAACUUGCUUGUGUUAAUUCCUUUGCGUUUGGUGGAACUAACUGCCAUGCCAUUCUUUCAUCUUAUGGUGAUAUAGCAACUGAGAUUACCGAGGAACAUGUAUCAAAAGUGCCUUUGAUGUUUUGCUUUUCUGGACAAGAUCAGAAUGGUCUUAUGGAAAGUAUUACAGAAUUUCUUACCUUUGCUGAAACACAAACUGAAAUAAACCUGCAGGCUAUAUCAUAUUCAUCAACAGUGAGACGCAAUCAUUUUCAAGUGAGGAAAGCUGUUACUGCAACUUCUUUGAAAGAACUAGCUAACAAACUGAAACCUGAUAAAAUUUUAAGAAUAUCUCACAGACGAAACAGAGUGAUUUUUGUGUUUGGAGGAAUGGGUAUAGCUUGGAUGGGAAUGUGUAAGGAACACAUAUGUAAAUUUCAGGUGUUCAAAGAAAAGAUCCAAGAGAUUGACAGUUAUUUAAAGGAAUAUGUCUCUUGGUCACUCUAUGAACGACUUCUAGGUGACUACAAUGUACAAGACAAGAUGUUUGGCCCAAUCGCCACGUUUGCAUGCCAGGUGGCGCUAGCUGCACUCUGGAAACACUUGGGAAUCAAACCGGACUGUGUUCUUGGACAGAGUAUUGGUGAAGUAGCUACCUCACAUGUUGCUGGCAUUUGGACACUGAGAGAAGCAGUGAAAAUUAUAUUUCAUCGAACAGAAGUGCUAACAAAUGCUACUGGUGGAAAAAUGCUGCUGAUACGUAAUAGACCAAUAGAAAAAGUUGAAAAGAUGUUAAAUGUAUAUGAAGGUAGAGCAAACAUUGGCUUGUACUACAGUCCCAAGGCAUGUGUUAUCAGUGGAGAUGCCGAUGCUGUUGACCAAAUUGAAAAGGAUCUUCUGACAUCUCCAACAGAAGAGAAUCAUGGAAUUACUCUUCAGACACUUCGAUUACAGACUGCAUUUCACAGCCACCAUACAGACAAUGCGAAACAAGAGAUUGAAAGAAAGCUUGUGGGUAUGCAAGGAGAUAGUCCAGAUAUAGAAAUUAUCUCAACAGUUAGUGGCGAAAAGGCACAGGAAGAAGACUUUUCAACUCCACAUUACUGGGGUACAAACAUUCGGGAUCCAGUACAAUUUGGCAAAGCUGUUGUUAAUGCUGCUAAGGGAGAUUGUUUUAAUUUGUUUGUUGAGAUUGGGCCAAAGCCAGUUUUGGGUUCAGGCAUUAACGACUUGUUCACCGAGGAUAAUAUUGCUGCUGUUCCUUCAAUGAAAAGGAAUUCUGAGCUCGGCUGCUUGUUAGAAACAGCUGGCAAAAUGUAUGAACAUGGACUGAAAAUUAUCUGGAAUACCUUGUAUGACAGACCACAACGGAAUACAGAAUACCCAAAGUACAGAUUCUGUACAAAUAAACACCUGUACGUAUCUGAAGAUCUUCGACAAGAGCUGAUGGGUAUUCAGCCAAAGACAAAUUUGCACCCUUUUCUGAAGACAAUUGACCACAGUGUUGAACAUAAAAUUAUCAUGUCACCGAAAUCAAUUGCCAGUGUUUAUGAACACAGAUUUUCUGGAAACAUUUUAAUUCCUGGUGCACUAUAUGCAGAAGCCGGCUUAGCUCUUGCACGUCUCUACUUCAAGGGAUAUGAAGAUCAGAAUUGUAGUAUUUCUAUUAAAUUCAAACGUCCAGUGUUGUUAAAGAGAGGAGAGACUGAACAACUUGACGUUGACGUUACCAAAACAGAUAUGCCAGAAUCAUUUAAUUUUGUUGUACAUAAACAGAACCAUGAGUAUGCUGAAGGAAAAGUUCACAUGGAACUUUCUUUUGAAAAACUCACAGUUGAUAUUGAAAAUGUAAAAAUGAGAUGUAAACAGACUGUUACAAAACAGGAACUGUAUUCCUCUCUUCAAAAUGGUGGACUGACUUUUGGAGAAAUGCUCCAACUUGUUGGAAACUCUUUAAAAGGUGAAACAGAGGUCUUGUCACAUUUGUCACUGAAUCCAACUAUCAAGGAUGAAAUGAAAGAAACAACAAUUCACCCAGCAAUUUUAGAUUCCAUGCUUCAGACUACAGGCUGUUUCUAUCAACAGGGAUCAGAAAGACAGAGAGCUUUGCCAAUCCAAAUAGAAGGUCUCAGGAUACUAAGAUCUGUUGAAGAGAAAAUGCUUGUGUACACAACAAUUCUGAAACGAACCAGUUCCAUGAACCUGUUUCGUAUAUCUCUCAUGUCACUAGAAGGAACUGUAAUAGCUGAUAUUGAGAAAUUUGUCACUAAAAAUCUGGGUACACAGAAAGAUGAAAUGAUGUUUGAUACACAGUGGAGUCCAAUCAAAACACUACUUAAAUAUGAUAUUCAGAUGGAUCCAUCAGAGAAAUGGCUGAUCAUUGGUAACAAGAACCAAAACACUGUUACAAAUGAUCAUAUAAAUUUCGAAUGCUUAGAUUUUGACAACUUGGAAAGAUAUUCAGCAAUAGUGUUUUCUUGGCAGCGGCAAAUUGAAGAGGAUCCAUCCAGUGAGAUACUCCUUGAAGAAAUCACCAGAUGGGCAAUGACUCUGAAAAGUCUGUUGCUGCACCUCCACACGCAUGACGCAAGUAUUCCCUUGUUCAUAGUAACAGAAAAUGCUGUACACAUUGGAAACAAAGUCUCGUCAAUAGAUCUGGUGGCUGGAUCCUGUUGGGGAUUUGUAAGGUCAGUACUAAGAGAACAAGUCUACAGAAUGGCUACCAUUGUUGAUCUACAUACAGAUCAAAAUACCAAAUUUGAAACCUUAAUGACUACUGCAAUACAGCAAUUGCUGUUAGGAGAUAAUGAAGGACUUAAUGAAUUUGUGAUCGAUGGAAAUUCUAUUUGGUGUCAGCAAGUGUUUCCAAAUGACGAUAUGCCAUUGUAUCGAAACAACAAGCUGGAUACACUUUGUAAAGCAAAGCUGUUGUCCAGUAAUCAAGACAGACUUAGUAAUCUGCACCUUAAGUAUGACACUCAGAAGACACAGUGCGAUAUUCCACAGCCUGUAAAAAUCAUGACUACAAAGGUUGUGAUGCACGACUCAUGUGUGUAUCCACAGUGUGCUCAAGAUUCCAAUGUAAUCACUCUUGAAACUAUUGGAAACGUGUCUACAGCAAAUGAUGCCAGUCAAAACGUGGUAGUGUUCUUUCCAUGCAGAGUUAGUACAUCAAUGACUGUUCCACAACAAUGCGUUAUUGAUGUCAGCAAAAUACCAUGCUAUAAGCCAGGACUUCUAACUAAACUUGUUUUGAUGUGGCACCAUUGUAUGGUAAUUGACAAACAAACGGAAACACUAACAACAAUGAAUAGCUGGUGUCCAUGGAGGAUUUGUAAGGCCAACUCUAAAACAACAAAUGACAUGGGAAUAUUCAUUCUUCAUUCGAAUGCUACUCAUCCUAUGGCAAAGGCACUUUUGUUAAUGUUUGGAACAAUAGAAAGUAAUAUUAACAUUGAAAUAAUUGACAUCAACUGUUCUGGUUCUGUACCGAGAUAUUCUGAAGCAAUCAUUGUAUCAACCAUUCAACUAAACAGUCACACAAUUAAAACAAUUUCCAACCUGUGGCCUAAUGUGAAAUGCCUUGUCUGUAUGGAUCAGAUACUACCAAGUCAUGCUAACGAACAAUUGUGUCAUCAAAAUCUAAAACUACAAAUACAUAUUGUUAGGGCAAGUGACAUUUUCACACCCAGAUCAGCAAUGGACACCAUGCCCAAUCUAAUAAGAUGGAUUGUAAGUCACAAGGAUAUGGUCAAGAAAAUCGCUGAAACUCUUCAACACCUUGCUCCCCAACAACCAGAAACCAAUAUUGCAAACUUGACGCAAAGCUCAAUAAUUCAACUAUCUGGUAAUGAUGGACACAGCAUUCAAAAUGUUCUGGCUUCAGAGGAUGCCAUGUUUCGUUCAGAUGGUGUUUACAUUGUAGUUGGUGGUCUAACAGGGCUUGGUUGGGAAUGUGUUCAUUUCCUGUCAAAACGAGGAGCUGGGGUUGUUUUCAUAAUAAAUCGCCGAAAGGUACAAGAGGAUACAUUACAUGAAAUAGGAAAGAUUGAACAACAAUAUGGUUGUGAAAUAAGUGUCAAGCAGGCCGAUGUGACUAAUAUGUCAUCCCUGAAAAAUGUAUUUAGAACAAUUGAAGAUAAAUUUCCAAGAAAACAGUUAAAAGGUGUCUAUUUUGGAGCAGGUGUCCUUGAAGACAGAACUUUAAUCAAUAUGUCACAAGAUACAUUUAUGAAGGUUGCAGCACCCAAGAUACAAGGAGCUUGGAAUAUGCAUCAACUUACAGAAAACAAGCCUCUUGAUUUUUUCAUCAUGCAUUCAUCAGUUACAGCAGUGUUUGGUAAUGGAGGUCAGUCAAAUUAUGGAGCAGCUAAUGCUUUCCAGGAUUCAUUAGCACAAAAACGAAGAUUGUCUGGCCUUGCUGGGCAGAGUAUUAACUGGGGUCCUCUGAAUCUUGGGAUGCUUCAGGAUAAACCUGGUGUUAUGGCUGCUUUGGAAGAACAAGGCUAUAUUCCACUCAGGACAGAAGAAAUCCACAAAUGUUUGCUGUCGGUACUCAUGCUGGACAAGCCUACCAUUAUUGCUGCUAAAUUCAACUCCAUCAGACUGGCCAAUAGUAUAACAAACGAGAGGAACAUGGCUUUACAGUUUAAGUUAAGCUCUAUCCUUGAUGUUCCAACUGUGGAGAAUUUACCACAGGAGACAUUCAGUAGGAAACAUCAUAUCGAUGUUGAACAACUAAAAGUCUCUGACAUCGGCAUUAGAUUGCAAACAAUUCGAGAAUACAUCACAGAAUUACUCACAGAUGUGCUUGGCCUUAACAAAGUAAUUCUUGAAUUAGACACAGGUGUUGAGAACUUGGGGUUGGACUCGAUGCAAUCAAUGACCAUGAGCAACCAAAUAUAUCAAACCUUUCAAGUACACAUUACUCCAAAUGGGUUGCUUCAGCAAAAUCUUUCAGUUAAUGAAAUAGCAGACCUUAUUAACACAAAAUGCAUGAACUCUGUCGAUAAUUUGGCAACAAAAGAUAUUUCUUCGCUUGUUACUGAACAGACACUUACAUACAUGGAAUACACUUUCUACAAGAUUUACUGCAAGAAUCCUGCUGACCUUAGUUUGUAUUACGUGAACGAGAUCACAAUACCAGACUCAGUAGCACAUCCAGAACUAUGGAACAAGAUAGCUGAACAACUUAUGUCACGACAUGAAGUUCUGAGGACGACAUUUCAAAAGGUACCAGAGAGCGAGAAUAUCAGGUGGAAUGUGAAAAGAAACAUUAACCCAGUUGGAAUGUCACCUGACUUCAGAAUGGUGGAUGGAGAAGAUAUAGACGAGAUAGAUAAACACACAACAGAAGCCUUUCAUUUAGAAAUACAAGGCCCACUCCGCUUCAUUUACAUUCGUGGUAAAAUAUGUCAUUUCAGAACAGUAUACAAUAGUAUUGGCUUUGACAUGCAAGGAAUUGGGGUCAUUUUCAAAGACAUGGUGGAUAUCUUUCUUUUAACCCAACAUAACAUAAAACUGCAAGAUAUACAGACAGUAGGAGGAAGUCUGAUAGUAGUGGAAAUGGAGAAGGUUUUACAGGAGAAUGGGCAAGCAUUGAAAGACUUCUGGAAACAUCGGCUUGAUGUAGAGAUUCAUCCAAUUACCUUGGGUACACCAGAACAACCAAACACAUUGGAAUCUGGAUCAUAUCAAGGAACACUGGAUCCCGCUGUUUAUGAUGUACUAAUUAACUUAUCAAAGUCCAAAGGUUUAAGCAUGUAUAAAUUAAUUACCAGUUUCUACCAACUACUCCUUCAUCUUAUGACCAAGGAAAGAUAUGUGGCGAUUUCAACAUUAGUUGACGUCAAACAGUACAUUCCAAAUACUGGUAAUGCUGUUGGACUAGGCAUAAACUACAUUCCUUUGCUAGCCGAAUUCCCAUCAGAUGAUGCUAGUGUAGAGGAAUUUAUCCAGAAUAAUAAAGUAGCACUUCAAACAGCAAUAGACCACUGUGUGUGUCCACUGGACAUCAUUAAAGAACUAGUAGGUUCUGAAAAGAUCACAAAUAUUACUAGAAACAAAGUUGUGAUUGUCGAAGAUGAAUUUGUAACACCUUUGUUAAGACUAUCAAAUGAUGCAGGCUAUACAUUCGACGUAACAAAGUCAGAAGAUCUGGGAACUCUCACAGACACACAAUUUAGUAUGUGGAGCAGAACCAAAGAAAAACAAAUGAUGUUUGUCUUGACAUACAAGUCAAAUAUUUUAUCUACGAAUCGUGCUAGAGAUAUCAUGAAGGCCUUUCAGGAAAUUGUUACUCAAAUCACCUCUGACAUUUCUGUGACAAUUGCAAGUCUACGGAGCAUGGCAAGUAUUACAAAGCUAAGAACAGAUUGUAAUCAAAACUACACAGAAGACACACACAGUUGUAGCUGGUGCAUUGCUAAAAAUGGUCCCAACACGACUUCCGGUGAUAAGAUUGAAGCUGCAUCUCUGGAUGACAGUCUCAACGCUCAUUCUCAUGCCUCCAGUGAAACGUCUAAUGCGUUCCUGGGUCCAAAAGGUAGUAACCGAGCUGACGACCAAGAGCUGUGUACGACAUUCCUGCGUUAA